GGAACAGGAAGUUGAAAAUUUUGACAGCUGGCGGUGUCGGCGUUUAUAAAAAUGGCAGGCAACGGCGGAUUUCAAGCUUCAGGGGGCUAUAAUGACAGGCCGCCAUCUUCUACUGGAAGUGGUGAACCUGAUGUAGGUGUUGAUCCAGCCAGUAGCAGUUUCUUUAACAACGAAUUUAAACGCCAUGAAGAUCUGAAGAUGAUGCUGGACAGCAACAAAGAUUCACAGAAACUUGAUGCAAUGAAGAGAAUUGUAGGGAUGGUUGCCAAAGGUAAAGAUGCCUCAGAUUUGUUUCCAGCUGUAGUUAAGAAUGUGGUGUGCAAAAAUCUUGAGGUGAAGAAGCUUGUUUAUGUGUAUCUGACGAGGUAUGCUGAGGAACAACAAGAUCUAGCUCUUCUCUCCAUCAGUACUUUCCAGAGAGCUCUUAAGGAUCCAAACCAGUUGAUAAGAGCCAGUGCUCUGCGUGUUUUGUCAAGUAUUCGUGUGCAGAUGAUUGCUCCGAUUAUGAUGUUAUCUAUUAAAGAGGCAGUUAUGGAUAUGUCUCCGUACGUAAGGAAAACUGCUGCACAUGCUAUUCCAAAAGUCUACAGCAUUGAUCCAGAGCAAAAAGAUCAACUAGUUGAAGUUAUUGAGAAACUACUUGCUGACAAAACAACGCUGGUUGCCGGGAGCGCUAUUCAGGCAUUUGAGGAAGUUUGUCCAGAACGUAGUGACCUGAUUCACAAGAAUUACCGUAAAUUGUGUAACCUGUUAGUUGACGUGGAAGAAUGGGGACAAGUUGUCAUCAUCAACAUGCUGACACGUUACGUUCGGUCACAGUUCAUCAAUCCUAAUGCUGAUAAUGUGGGUGAUGAAGUGGAUAAACCAUUUUACGAGUCUGAGAAAGACAGCAAUGAUGAUGAUGAUGAUGAUGACGAUGAUAAGGAAGAGGCCAAGGCUAAAACUAAGCCUAAACAAUACGUCAUGGACUCUGACCAUAGGCUUAUACUGAGACAGUGUAAACCAUUGCUGAAUAGCAGGAAUGCUGCAGUUGUCAUGGCAGUAGCACAACUGUAUCAUCAUUGUGCUCCAAAAUCAGAGGUCUCCACGGUGGCAAGGUCACUGAUACGGCUCCUGAGAUCACAUUCUGAAGUUCAGUAUGUAGUGUUAAGUAACAUAGCAACCAUGUCACUGAAGCAGAAGGGCAUGUUUGAACCAUUCCUGAAGAGUUUCUAUGUGAGGUCGAACGAUGCCACACACAUAAAGCUCCUUAAACUAGAAAUCUUGACUAGUCUCGCCACGGAAACCAACAUUGCUACAAUAUUGAGAGAAUUACAGACAUAUGUUACAAGUUCUGACAAAGAAUUUGCUGCUGCGACUAUCCAGGCUAUCGGAAGAUGUGCCAGCAAUAUCUCUGAAGUUACAGAUACUUGUUUGAAUGGUCUAGUGUUGCUGAUGUCAAAUAGAGAUGAAAGUGUUGUAGCAGAAAGUGUUGUUGUGAUCAAGAAGUUGCUACAGAUGCAGUCAUCCACUCAUAAAGACAUCAUUAUUCACAUGGCGAGGAUGGUAGACAAUAUCACGGUGCCAAUGGCUCGAGCCAGUAUACUAUGGUUGAUAGGUGAAUACAGUGAAAGGGUACCAAAAAUUGCCCCAGACGUUCUCAGAAAAAUGGCCAAAACUUUCAUUCAGGAGGAGGAUAUUGUGAAGCUACAGAUUCUGAACCUGGGAGCUAAACUGAUGAUAACUAACAGUAAACAGACAAAGCUGCUAUGUCAGUAUGUUUUCAACCUCGCUAAAUAUGACCAGAAUUACGACAUCAGAGACAGGUCUAGGUUCUUACGAGCACUUGUCUUGCCUACAGGAGAGAAAGGACAACUAGCCAAACAUGCCAAGAAGAUAUUCCUGUCAACUAAACCAGCACCUGUCCUGGAGUCAAAGUUUAAAGAUAGAGACCAAUACCAGCUUGGUACCCUGUCCCACAUUAUCAAUAUGGGAGCAACAGGGUACCAGCAGUUACCAGAAUGGCCUGAGGUUGCCCCGGACCCGAGUGUGAGGAAUGUAGAAGUUGUUAUGCCAUGGUCGGAGAAAACGCCGUUGACAAAGAAACAGAAACAGAAGCCUGAGAAGUCAUUCUACUCCAGCACAGAGUCAUCAAGUCCUGAAGACAGUUCUGACGAUGAAGACAGUGAUGAUGAGAGUGAAGACGAAGAGACUGACAGUGAUGAUGAGAAGUCAGAAGAUUCCGAAGAGGAUUCCGAGUCCAGCGAUGAUACCGAUAUAGAAAAAUAUAAGCCAAAGAAAGAAGAAAAAGUAGAAAAGAAGAAAGAAGUAGUUGUUGCAGAGAGUGAGAGUGAAGAGGAUUCUUCUGAGGAAGAGGACAGCAGUGAUGAUGAAAGCAGUACAGAAAGUGAAGUGGAAGUCAAGAAGAAAAAGUCACCAGUGAAAAAGCCACCAGCCAAGAAAGCACCAAAGAAACCUUCACAGGACCUUGACCUACUGCUGGACUUUGGCGAUGAUGUACCAUCAGGAGGCCCUGUAGGUGGAGCUGGUGGAGGUCCUACCAUUGGUGCUGGAGAUUUACUCACACCUCUUAGUGCCCUAAAUAUAGACAAUACAUCAUCAGCUACAAAUACUGCUUCAGCCUCUAGUCAAAUGUUUGCCCCAGUGCAGGUUCAAAGCAAAUCACGCGAGUUACUGAACAAGAUGGCCGGAGAUGGUCUCAGCGUAACAUACAAAUUCACACGCACAAUAUCAAUAUUUUCUCCAAAAAUGGUCUCCAUAGAACUUUCCUUUACCAAUGGUAGUGAUAAAACUUUGUCUGGCAUAAAAAUUGGACAAAAGAAAAUACAGUCUGGUAUGGAGAUACAUGAUUUCCCUGAAAUAGCUGCUCUAGCACCAAAGAAUUCCACAACAGUGUUAAUGGCCAUAAACUUUAAUGACACUACGCAACCUGCAGGUUUUGAAAUCUGCACAGAGGAGAAAAAAUUCAAUGUCAGUAUUUCUGCACCUGUUGGAGAGCUUUUACAGCCUUAUAACAUACAUGAGAAGGAAUUUAUAAAAGAACAGGGUAAACUGUCCGGCAUGAAUGAAAAUACAGCAAAAGUGAAGAUAGAAGAAGAUAAAACAGACAUGAAAUCUGUUGUCACAGCUGUGUAUAGGGUAGCAAAUGUUGUACAGGUACCAAGUUCAGAGGAUGGCACCUACAGGUUUGCAGCACAGACAAUGGCCUCAAACAUUCCAGUUUUAACAACAGUCAGUGUGAAAGAUGAUGGAACGGGAAAACUGACAGUAAACUGUGAAAAAAUGGUUAUAGGAACUAUGCUAAUGAAGGAUGUAAAAGGUUCUCUGGAAAGUUGAUCAAAGUGUAAUCCUGAAGUGAUCCUAAGUCAGUAGACAUAUGAUGUGUAUCAGUGAAAUAAA